CAUUUUCAAGCCCAUCCCACUCAAUCAAGAGCUUUUUUUUUUUCUUGUUAAUGUUAAACCCUUUCAUCUUCUUUCGGUUUCAGCGGACAAAAUCAGCUUUAGCAAUUCCAGGUCUCUUUCAGGUUAAUUGACUAACUGGCAAGAAUCGAAUAUGCUGAACUUCUUGAGACGGGUUGACAAAAAGAUAUCUUCUUCGCUGAUGAUUCCUUGUGACAAGCUUCUAUCGUAGUUUAGCAAUAUCCUCUAAUUCUAUAAAUUGUUUAAAUGAAAUUAUUCUUCUGAUUUUAUUUUAUUUUAAUUUUUUUUUUUUUACUUAUGCUACAUUUUCAUAUGUGAUAUGAGAUGAGGUAAAUUCUUUCUAUUAUGUCUUCUUGCCCGACUUUCUGACUAAUCUUCCAGCCAGUGUGUGGCUUUUGUGGGGUCUUUCAGCUGAAUGAGGGCAACAGCCACAUUUUCUUGGCAAUGACAAAGGCAUGCAUAAGUAGAUUUCACAGUAUUCACCAUAAAGCUUCAAGGCCAUUAUCUCCCAGGAGAAGGUAUGGAGGUGGAUUUUUCAGAACCUUAUCCACCUGCUCUGCACCUUUGAUCUCUUCAACAGACUCUCUCAUUGUCCGUCCCCCCUCAUCACUAGCAUUAGCCGCCUGCAUCACACAUUCUGAUGCAGCCCAACGUUCAGAAGAAUGGUUUGCGCUGAGGAGGGACAAACUGACCGCAAGCACCUUCAGUACUGCCUUGGGUUUUUGGAAGGGAAACCGACGGUUUCAGCUGUGGAAUGAGAAGGUUUUUGCACCUGAGAUACAUAUCGUUGAAGCUGCUAAGAGAGCCAUGGAAUGGGGUGUGCUCAAUGAAGCAGCAGCUAUAGACAGUUAUAAAAGCAUCACAGGCCGUGAAGUUGGUCAUUUGGGAUUUGCAGUCCAUUCAGCGCAACAAUUUGAUUGGCUUGGUGCUUCCCCAGAUGGUCUUCUUGAUUGCUCUUCUGGAGGUGGUAUCCUGGAAGUUAAGUGUCCCUAUAACAAGGGGAAGCCACAGAUGGGUCUGCCCUGGUCAGCUAUGCCUUUCUAUUGCAUGCCUCAAGUUCAGGGGCAAUUGGAAAUAAUGAAUAGAGAAUGGGCAGAUUUGUAUUGCUGGACACCAAAUGGAAGCACAAUAUUUCGAGUACAUAGGGACCGUGCUUAUUGGGAGCUAAUACGGGAGAUUUUAUGGGAAUUUUGGUGGGGGAAUGUGAUACCUGCCAGGGAAGCCCUAUCACUUGGGAUGGAAGAGGAGGCAAAAUCAUAUAAGCCAACACCCACUCACAGACAGACAGGACUAGUGAUUUUUAAGAGCACAAAGUUAGCCAGUGAAUCCAAGCUGUUGUGUAGGGAGAUUGCCGGUCAUGUGGAAUUUUAUAGGUGAGGAAGUCCAAAUUCCAAAAUGAUAUUUUUGAAAUUUAUCACUCUUUAAGAGCAGGCUGCUUUACUGUACAAGGAGCAGCAGGAUCGUAUGCCUAGAAUCUACUUCAAGUAAAAGGCGAUCAGGGAAGAGCAGCACGGUAAAGAAAUCAAAUGAGCUGAGCAUAGUCAAACGGCUUGCUGAUAAGAAGUGAUGGGGCAGAAAAUAUCAUAUGGUUUUUGUAUUCUGUAAGGGACUAAUUAGUUCCCUAUUUUGUAUUCCAUUUAUGAUUUUCAUUCAUCCAUCAGUUGGCCAUUGGAUUAUACUAUGUAUUUGUAUUCUUCCUUAACCUGAUUGGUAAUAUAAUUCACUUGUGCAUUCUGAUU